UUGGUGGAUGUCAGUCGACAGAAAACUUUGCGAUCGUUGGUUGGUUUUGGUUUUGGUUCUUCAGUUCGUACUUUUCGAGUAUUUUCGGACGGUUUUUCAAAUUUCACGAAACGAAACAACGGCAAAAAUCGUUCACAUAAGGCAGAAAAUCCAUUGUAUAAACAAGAUCUACAACACCUUAAUGCACAUACACACGUGCAGUACAUAUGUAUGGUGUGUUCGCAUGUACAUAUGUAGGUGUAGAAACAGUUACUAUAAAUAGCCAACGGAAAUCGAUAAAUAAAUAAAGCGCUUAAGUAAAAGUUCCAUCUCUCCUCUCCCUCCACACACACACACACGAUUCACACCCACAAUAAUAGGAGAAAUUCUAAUUGCGACUUUGCAAAAAAACAACAGCAACAACAAAAGUUUGAUGGUGAAAUAAGUGCAUAUUUAAAUAUCCGAUUAUAAUGCUGAUCUCCGAGCAUUUACUGCUCUAACUGUGAAUACGAACACACACUUGCGAACACUUGCGGCACGGCACACACAAAAGAGUUAAAGAGUUGAAAGUAUUCGAAUUGCACUGAAAUGUUUGCCCGAUGUUUAUUCCUGACCUUGUUCGUGGUGGUCAUGGCGGCGGCCGGCAAGAGCAACGAUCAAUCCAAGGAGCAGACGCUGAAGCUGUCUGCGUGCGCCGCCAAGCUGGGCGAGUGCGAUGAGAGCGAGGGUCCUGUCUGCGGCACCGAUGGCCAGACCUAUCACACUCGCUGUCACCUGCUCCGGGUGCAAUGCAGCGGCCAUCCGGUGAGCCUUAAGUACCGCGGUUCCUGCAAUGGCUGCCUGGAGGCUGUCCAAUACGCGCGUCGCCAGCAGGCACGCGAUCCCAAGUACUUUGUGCCGCGUUGCCGCAAGGAUGGAAACUAUGCUGCCAGGCAGUGCUACGGAGAGGCGGGAUGCUGGUGCAGUGAUAGCAUGGGCCGUCCCAUUGAGGACACCUCCACGUCGUCGCGUCGCAGGAAGCCCAAGUGUCGGGCAUACAGGCGCAACCGUCGCCGCUUGCCCACGCGGCAGAUCAGCUACGAUGCAGACUCUGCCAGAGGCAGUGCUGAGGCAAGCAGCAGUGGCAGCGGCACAUCUGCUCAUCGUCCGUGCGGCAAGUCGGAUCGCACGGCUUUCAACACCAAUCUGAUCGAAGUGUUCCGCAGCGAGUAUUUGCGCUUUGGCCCAACAGAAACUCACUCGGAUGCCGCCAUCUUGGACUGGAAAUUUACCAGACUGGACGCGGAUGGCAAUCAGUUGCUGGACAGGCAAGAAGUGCGCGAGCUGAAGAAGCUCCUCAAGCGGGCGGUGAAGCCGCGACGCUGUGGACGUGCUUUUGGCAAGUACUGUGAUGUCAACAAAGACGACAACCUGUCCCGCAUCGAGUGGAGCCUUUGCCUGUUUAAAGAUGCGCAUAAUCGUAGUGCCGCUGUAGAUGUUCCAAAUGGCAGCUUAGCCACGGCACCGCCACGCGACAUGCACUAUCACAUUCACACCACAAAUUCAAAUAGCAACAACAACCACGAUCAUACCAACACCAAUAUCAUCGGCAGCAGCAGUCCGCACACGUACGCGGAGGAUCUGAGCGUGGGCAGCGAGGAGCACGAUGAGAACUACGAUGAUGGCGCCACAGGGUACGGCAAUGGCAACGGCGAGGACGAGGACGACUCGGACACCUCGAGCAUGCACCAUUCACGCACAUCCUUGAACUAUCCGUCACUAAUCAGGCAGAAUAGAUUGUAUGUUAAUGCCCAUAUCUUGACAGUGCUGAACUCCAAGACGCCGGAAUCGACGAACACCGAGAAUGAGGGCGAAUCCAACUGCUGGGUAGAUCAGGCGGUGGCAUUGGAGGAACAAGGCCACGGUGGCAAGAGCAGAUUCUAUGUGCCAGAGUGCAUGCCCGAUGGACGCUAUCAGCGUAUCCAGUGCUACAGUUCCACUCCAUACUGUUGGUGCGUGAACGAGGACACGGGCAAGAACAUACCGGGCACUUGGGUAAAGAACAAGCCGCCCCAAUGCGAUGAGGACAUUGUCGUGCGACCCAUGAAGGGAUGCACUGAGCCGCGCAAAACACAGUUCCUCAAGGAGCUCAAGGCAUACCUCAACACGCAACUGUCUCUGCCCAGCAGUCCAACGAGCAGCAGCAACUCGACCAUGUGGAAAACGGAGGAUGAACGAAUUGCCACGCUGAGCUUUGUGUAUCUGGAUAAGAACAAAAACAAGUCAUGGGAGCGCAGAGAAUGGAAGGUGUUCCGGGAUCUGGUCACCAGUGCCAGCAAUUUGCGGAGAUGUGGCAAGAAGAUGCCGCGCUACUGUGAUGUGAAUGGGGAUAAGAAGAUCUCGUUGGCCGAGUGGCUCAAUUGCCUGCAGUCUUCCCCACGGGCGCAGAGUGCCACCACAGCUAAGCCGUCACAGUCAAAUGAGACAGCCAAUCCGAAACUCCUGGGAUUAAAUCCGCUGGAGAAAUAUCUUAAAGAUUAGUGUUUGGGAGAAUGUUUCUGGUUCUUUUUGCUGCUACUGCUCUACUCAUUAGAUGUCGUCGUGCCAUGCCACACAUCCACACACAGCCUACACACACACACACACACACAGACACAUUCCUAGCAUAUAGAUUCUACGAUUUACAAGUGUAUGUUACUAAUUCGUAAUUAGUGUUGUAAAUAUUGACAUAAAUGUUUAAGUUUAGUGUAAA